AUGCAUGGUGCUACCAACGCCGAAGAAUACGGAAAGCUUAUUCACUGGGAUUCUCACUCAGAUGCCGAAGAAUGGCCUUCGGGAACAGAUAGACUAUUUCUGGACGAACCUGCGCAAGAACCAAAGAAUUUCAAACCAGAAGUCAAGUCAAAGACCAAGGUUAAGACCAAGCGUGACCCGACAGAGCCUGCCACCGCGGAGCAGGCGACCCCGCCGGCUGAUGAAGCAGAACCAGCGGCUGAAGCCACGCAACCCACAUUUGCUGUUGAUGUCAAAGCACUCAAGGUGUUCCGUACUCUGUUCUUCGAUCCUGAGGUAACAUCGACUCCUGGCUUGAUCCCGUGGAACGACUUCCUCUAUGCCAUGGCGGCGACUGGCUUUAAGAUUGAAAAGCUGUAUGGCUCGGUCUGGCAGUUUACUCCGACUAAGCUGGACGUUGAGCGCGGCAUUCAUUUCCAUGAACCGCACCACAUGGGUAAAACCCCUUUUGAGACGGCUAGACGACAUGGACGACGUUUGACGAGGGCAUAUGGAUGGCAUGGGGGUAUGUUUGUACUGAAGGAAAAGUCGUAG